GAGAAAAGCAAGGGGAAAAAAAAAAGAUGCAGCGUGAGUCGCACCUUGGGGGCAAAAAUGUAAUCUAAAGAGUAGGAGCUCUACAGCUCUAUGAUAUUUGAAAUCUGCAAGCUACAUGAUUCGUCAAAACGGCAAGUCUGUCACCCGCAACGGGUUUAGCAAUUAAAGCUACUUCUCACUUCAAAACUCCUUACCAUUAAAUCCUCCACUGCCUUGACCGGUUGCCAGUCAAACCGCGAGAAGAAGGAAGAGCUGAAGGGAAGGCUCUCGUUGAAAGCUUCUUUGAAUAAGGCUUAUUCAAUAAGCCCCUUUUUUUCCGCUUUCUAUACAAUUAGGGUUUCCACGGCCUCAGGUUUCCUGAGCAAUUUCUUAACAAUUCAAGGUUAGGGAUUUGUGCUUUCCCUUUGAUUUGUCAUAAUCCGUUCACACAUAUAUCUAUCUUUCUCAAUCGGGAUUUCUGGCAAGUUUUCUAGUGUCGAGACAAUCUUUAAUUUUCGAUUCAAACUAAUCCGGAUUCAGAGUUGCUGGAAGCCUUCCCAUAUCGUAUUGAGCUUUAUUGAGUAGUUGCACGAAGGGGCACUGCAAUUAGGAUAUCAUAUGGCUAGUGCUGAUUGCAAGAGUGAGCUGGAAUGGGUUGAGAGAGUGAGAUCAGGGGGAGCUGUACCACUUCUUGAGCCUGAUAACUGUCCGAAUGGUUGGGCUUGCCCACCUGGAGAAAAGUUCAUGGUCAGAGGUCCGGAUUACUUUUCAACAAGAGUGAAAAUUCCUGCCGGUGAAUAUCUUCUAAAGCCUAUUGGCUUUGAUUGGAUUAAAAGCUCAACAAAGAUUGGGGAGGUCUUGAAUCAUCCAAACAGCCGAGUUAGAAAAGUUAUUGAGGAUGAGUUUCCUGAUGGCAAUAAGCCUUUUGUUUGGGCUUUCAAUCUUCAAGUCCCAAGCAAGGAUAAUUAUAGUGCAGUGGCAUAUUUUGCCACAACAGACCCCAUUCCAGAGGGGUCUCUGAUGGACUUGUUCUUGAAAGGUGAUGAUGGGUUCAGGAAUUCCAGACUUAAGUUAAUAGCCAACAUUGUCAAGGGUCCUUGGAUUGUGAGAAAAGCAGUUGGGGAGCAGGCUAUAUGCAUAAUUGGUCGUGCUCUUUCCUGUAAAUACCAUUUAGCAAAUAAUUUCAUAGAAGUUGAUGUGGAUAUUGGGUCCUCCAUGGUUGCAAGUGCCAUAGUUCAUUUGGCGUUUGGUUACAUCACAACACUUACCGUCGACCUUGCAUUUCUCAUUGAAAGCCAAACACAAUCAGAGCUCCCAGAAAGAAUAUUAGGUGCUGUAAGAUUCUCCGAGCUGAACCCCACUUCUGCUCUGCCAAUUGAACCAUCAUCUCAUAUAAAUGCUGCCAAUUUGCAGUCUUCUUUGCCGACACGAUUAUGGAAGUCAAUUGGGCAGGGUUUUACACAUAUUCUUAAUCCUAGUGCACAAGAGAGUGAUUCAACCGGCUCAUUACAUGUUAAUGGGAGUGUUGAUCAUGAAGGUGCUAUCAAAGACGCAAAGAAAUGAUCAAUCGGGUGAAAGUGGUUGCUGAGUCUGGAUUUCCUUGGUAGUUUCCAACUUUGUUGACCUGGUCUAGCAUUCACAGCGUCAACUGCUUGACUUGGCCAUGCCUUCUCUCUCUCUCUCUCUCUCUCUCUCUCUCUCUCUCUCUCUCUCUCUCUCUCUCUCUCUCUCUCGUUUUUUAAUUUCCAUCUGUGUAGUAAGUUAUAUGACUAAAGGCAGGUCAGUGAGGCGUAUUCUUCACGAGAAAGAUUUUAGGUUUAUUGGUUUUAGUAAUUGCCUCUAUUUUUUGUAAUUAUAAUUAUUGUUUUCUGUUCAAAGUUGAAAGCACAUAUGAAGUGUAGUAGGUUUUUCUUUUGUGAUGAACCAUAUAAUGGGUAAAAUGUAUUGAUUUAUUAAUCUGCCUUCAGAACUCUGGUUUGUUUA